ACUCGUCCCUCGUUUUAGAGAUCGGAGAGGGUCUCAGCGCUUAGACCCCCACUGAUCCAGACUUUUAAUAUGUCCCUAUGAAAUAUCAAAGUUUACUGAAAGUACAGUGCUACUUUAAGACCUGUCCUCAGGGUAGGUCAUCAGCAUCUAAAUCUGGGGUAGUCCUACUCUUGGCACUCUCAGAUCAGUUGGAAGCAGCUGCAGUGUUUUAGUGAUUGCUGAGGCCUCUUCCUCGACCUAUGACACCACUUCCCUCAGUCUCUUGGCAUUUUCAACUCAGUCCCAUUCAAGUGAAUGGGAUUGAGCUGCAGUACCAGGAAAUAGUACUCUGUAUACUAUGAAGAGGCUUCUCGGGGUAGAUAAGCCACCACCAGAGCAGAUAUUUACCCCCUCUUUAGAUAGCCAAGAGCCAUCUGAAGUGUGCGGCCAUGGUAAGAAAUAAGGGAAGCAACUGCAGGGAAGGGUUAUAGCUCUUCACAGCAUUGCACUCAGUGUCCCCAGAUGGGCUAUCAGAUUACCAUGUGAGAUAGAGAAGUGUAAUCCUAUUACUUCUGAGCCUAAUAAAUCCACAGCCUCCGAGGUGGGGCGAAUCAGUGAACUCCUAGAGAAGAACACAUGAAGGGGCUGACCACUGAGUGCCAGAUAUCUCUGCAUCUGGAUAUGUGAAAACUGUUUACAUAAGGUGGUCCUAGAAUUCCAUCCUUCACCUGGAGUCACCCAGAUUUUAUCCACUUUGCCUGUGAGUCCACUGGAGCCAAAGAGGUUCCAAACUCGCCAUGAAUCUUGAGCCGGCAAAGCCUGACAUUAAAUCUGCCACACGUGUGACAGGGGGACCUGCCACCCCACGGAAAGGACCACCAAAAUUCAAGCAGCGACAGACCAGGCAGUUUAAGAGUAAACCUCCGAAGAAAGGAGUUCAGGGAUUUGGUGAUGAUAUCCCUGGAAUGGAAGGUCUUGGAACAGACAUCACCGUCAUCUGCCCCUGGGAGGCCUUCAGCCACUUGGAGCUGCACGAAUUGGCCCAGUAUGGCAUCAUCUAGAGACCCCAGUUGCCCCCUUGCCCAAGCCUGUUUUUAUUUCCUGUCUGGUCGCUACAGAGAAAUGUAGUGUGCGUAGGAAUUGCUACAGGACAAGGUCGCCCAACUCUUCUUCUCUGAGGUCUCUGUGCUGAAC